GCCGAGCGCGCCUGGGAAGCCUGAAGCAGUGGACCGCGAGGGAAGCGUGCUCAGCCGACUGGCCUACGUCAAGGUGGAGAACGAUGCCCUUCUCCUCAGGUGGGAGCCUCCACACACCGACGGUGACUCGCCCAUCACAGGAUACAUCAUCGAGCGGAGUGAGGGUCAGGGCGAGAUGUGGGUGAGGGUCAACCUUGUACCCAUUAAGGACACUGAGUUCGCUGUCGCUAACCUCAUCGGUGGCCGCGAGUAUCGCUUCAGAGUAUCAGCAGAGAACGCGGUGGGCAUGUCGGACCCCUCACCUCCGUCAGAAGUAGUCAGCAUCUCAACAGACCAGGAGGCCACGGAGCCUCACUUCCUCAAGGAACUGAGGGACGCCGUAGCUGUCGAGAAUCAUAGGGUUGAGUUCUCUGUGCACAUCAUUGGGACGCCGCUCCCGGACAUCACAUGGUACAAGGAUGGAUUCGAGGUGUAUGAUACAAGACGUUUCGAGUUUCGAGUCGAGGGCGACCGGUAUACGCUGGUGCUGAAGGAAGCAAAGCUCACGGACGAGGGGGACAUCAGAGUAAGGGCCACCAACCGUGUGGGAGUGGCCUCCUCCCAGGCGGCACUCACCGUACAAGCCCUGCCGCACAUCAAGCUUCCGGCGCAAUACGAACAGGGACUUAUUUUCGACACUGACGAACUCAUCCGACUUCGAGUACCCUACACGGGUCGACCUCAGCCGCAAGCUUCGUGGACCCAUAACGGGAAACAGGUCGAGGGUGACGAGAGACACGCCAUGGACGUGUCUGACAAGUACAUCACCUUGAAGAUCGCCGGCGCCUGCAGGAUGGACAAGGGCAUGUACACCCUCAGGUUAUCCAACCCUCAGGGCGAAGACAGCUCAUCCUUCUUCGUUACUGUCACAGAUCGGCCGGAUCCCCCUAGUGUACCCACCAUCACCGACGUGUCCGGGACCUCGGUCACGCUGCGAUGGGACCCCCCGCAGGACGACGGGGGCUGCAGGGUCUCCAACUACAUCGUCGAAUACUUUAGGGUGGGUUGGGAUGUGUGGUUGAAGGCCACAGCUUCCCGCAUCACGUGGACACAACUCUCUGACCUCAUCGUCGGCUCCGAGUACCGCUUCCGCAUCAAGGCAGAGAACGCCUACGGUGUGUCCGAGCCUGGCGAAGAGUCCCACCAGAUUCUCAUCGAAGACGCCAAGAGUGCUACAGGGUACGAGAACGUUCAUAUUAACGUAAAUGGUUGUAUGCAAAACUGUAAUCAGAGCAUAGCUCUUGAAGGUUUUAUGACAGGAAAUCAUUCUGAUAGUCAGGUGUCUGCUCUAGCUGAUCAGACUGGAAUGGUCAUUGAAACUGUGAGUCUAAAAAGGUCACAAGCCCUUUACGAGGAAAAAAUAAUGAAAGGUAGUAGACUGGAGGCUUUUCCUUGCUACUAUAAUAAUGAUGACGAGUCUGAUAGUGAUGCUACUUUAAUAGAUCAACAUCAGAUAGAGAGUCAAGAGACAGACUUGUAUAGCUCGGAUACAGAUAUAUCUCAAAAUAGUGAGGAGGUGUCCUCAGCUUGCUCAGGGACUCUCAGUCUAGAUCAAUCUACAACAAGUUUGUUAGGGCCGAUUGUCGUAGAUUCUUUAGGUCAACGAAAGUCACUAGGGACAUACGUUCUAGGGGCCGAGAUAGGGAUGGUAAGGAAUGGAUUAGCUCCGGCAUACCAUUUAGGAACGCUCAAAAGUGCCGAUAUAGACAGUGAUCAGAGCGAUACGAUGAACUCUGAAUCAACCGAGACGUGUAGUUUAGGAACUACUUUUAUUGCAACAGUAGAAGUCUAUCAACCAUGGGCAACGUCAGGUAACUCUCCAUAUGUUUACCACUACCAUUCCCCUCACGAAAGGGAGAUAGAUACUGCUCGAAGUCCCGAUCCACAGUAUGAUGAACUGAACACUUCAUGUGUAGCCAAUUACUCCAGGGCAAAUGUUAAUUAUUCAUAUAGUCAGUUAGAAAGAGAGAUGACUGGAAGUUUGUCACCAAAUCGGGGCUUGAAGAUCGCUAGUGGUACCUACCUUGUCGACGAGACAGUAAGGAAUUCUAGCGAUAAUGGAGUGACAGGCACUCCCAUAGUGACUGUUGUGUCAAGGGAUGAAGUGACAUGCACUCCCAUGGUGAAUGUUGCGUCAGAGGAUGGAGUGACAGGCACCCCCAUUGUGAGCGUUGCGUCAGGGGAUGAAGCGACAGGCACCCCUAUUGUGAGCGUUGCGUCAGAGGAUGAAGUGACAGGCACCCCCAUUGUGAGCGUUGUAUCAGAGGAUGAAGUGACAGACACCGCCAUUGUGAGCGUUGUAUCAGAGGAUGGAGUGAAAGUCACCCCCAUUGUGAGCGUUGCGUCAGAGGAUGAAGUGACAGGCACCCCCAUUGUGAGCGUUGUGUCAGAGGAUGGAGUGAAAGUCACCCCCAUUGUGAGCGUUGCGUCAGAGGAUGAAGUGACAGGCACCCCCAUUGUGAGCGUUGCGUCAGAGGAUGGAGCCAAGGUUCGCGAAAUAGUACUGGACACAGCUGAGGAAGCCACAGCAAACAAAGUAGUUAGGAAUACAAAUAUCAGCGAUUGGACAAACCAGAUAAUGAAGGAGGUCUUUAAGGAGGAAGCUCCUGAGAAUCAAAUAACUACGAAAAUCCAUAACAAUGGCGAUGUAAUGAAAGAGGUGACCAGAGAGGUUUAUAAUGGAACUACUGGGAACCAGGUUGUGGAAGACGGGUAUAACAUUGGAGCCACAGUUAACCAAAUAGUGCGAGAUAUUUAUGUAAAUGGUGUCACAGCUAUCCAGGCUAGGAAAGAUGUCACAGGCGAGGGCGCUUCAACUGAUCGAACGAUGGGGAAAGUGUAUGUCAAUGAAAUAAAUGGGAAGACUGUGGGGUAUGCUGGUAAAAAGGAAACAGCAACUAACCCAAUCAGAGACUUUUCUAAACAGAAAGUCGUAACUGACAAGAAAGUUAAGACUGUUAGCAACGAAAGUCUUGCAACUAAUGUUGCAAUGACUCUAAGCGAAGCAAUCCCAGUCACUGAAACGUCAUGGGUCAAUAGUGACAGAUUAAGAACAGAUGAUCACCUGAUUAGAAGCGUCAGUGGCGAGACAUCCACAGGUAACCGGGUAGUGCGUAACCUCAAUAAUGAACAAGCCUCAUGCAGUGAUGCAGGCGGGAGUAGGAACAAGGAGCCCGGAACCAAUGAGCUUCAUACUAUAGAGAACGAAGUCUCAGCUGCUGGAGGACAGUGGACAACGCGAGGAAGGAUAGCAAUAGCGAAUCAAUUCAGAAUCAUCUGCGGUGGGCUGGCGAGCAUGACCCACCUCGGCAACAUCAAUGCAAGGGGUCAGAAAUGCCAGGGGAACAUUUUGAUUAGUGAGGGAGCCACUGAUUACUCUGAACAAAUGGAAGAUGAUGACUCAACAUGGAGUAGCGCGAGUACUUUGGGAAACGACAGAGAUUCAGACUCUUCACUGGAUGCUAUGGAGUGGGGGAAAGACGUCCGGGAUCUGUAUGAUCCCAUGGUACGUGAUACAACAGUGGACAGCCAUAUACCGUUCUUGUCUCUCGAAGGACCUGCAGUCACUAUGUUGAGAGACAUGAGGAUGAGAAGAAUGGCGGGUAACCAGCAAGGUUUGUGGAAGCAGCAAGCCUUCAGCAGUGUGCAAGGAACAUCUAAAGAAGAUAUGCAUGUUAAUCACAAAGAAUGUAUGCACACGAAAAACAGUAUGUACAGUAAUCUAAGUCAUGAAUGCAAUGUUCAAGAACAUAUUGCUCCUCUGGAACAAACAAGAAUUAAAGGUAUUCCAACAGAGAUGAUGGUAUAUGAGAGCACAGAGUACAUUGAGGCAGUAACUGGUUUUGAUGAUCAAAGUUCAACUUCACACAGCGGAUCUGUAACUCCUACUAACGAAAAUGAUGACUUCCAAUCCGUGAGGAGGAAGUCAGUAACACAGCAAGGUAUAACAUCUGUGCAUUCGAGAGACCUAGUGCCCCAUUUGACUUCUGCUUCUCUAAUUUCAAACCAGCAAAAAUUAGAAAGUCCUAAUUUCCGUCAUUCCGCUGAGGAUUUGCUCUCUUCAGUGCACCAAAAUAUUGACGAGGUAUCGUCGUGGGAGCCAAAAAUAACUCAAGAGAUCACAUCGAGGAUUGACUUCUUGGAGGACCUCGUGUAUAGGUGUAUGGAAAACGAAGACGUGACGCUGAAUACCUUGGGAGUGUCAGACGACGAGGGUGCUGCCGCCCCUUCACCCCUUGCUCCCUUGUCUCGUGUGAGCUCUAGUGGCUGCGUGGGCCUCAGGCGAGGAGAACUCAGGCAUCUGAUAAGCGAUCUUAGCGACUUGGUCACCAACAUGAACGAGAAAAGCGGGACACUUAGCGCAGACAACAUAGCCAAAUUUUUCGAAAAGACAGCGAGUGUUGUGAGGGAGCAGUCACUAUCUCCCGUCACGUAUCACAAGGGUAGUUCUGUAGUCGACGCUGGCUCGCACCAAAGUUCCCGCGCGCAUUCUGUGAGCGACAUUGACUGGGCUUUAGAAGAUUUACCUUCCAGGAGUGACCCGGGAAAGGUCAUAGAAACUCUCCAACCGUACGAUCAAGUUCAUAUCCAAUCCUCGAUACUAGACCGCAUCACCUAUCUGGAUGACAUCAUGAGUCGGUGUUUGGAGCAUGAGGAUGUGACCCUCAACACCCUCGGGUCUCCUGUGGUCUCGCCGCAUCCUCUGCCAGCGGCAGACUCCUUAGAAGACCGUGUUGAUGCAAGUAAGAUGGAACUGAAAGAUUUGAUAGGAAAUUUAGGCUCGAUGAUAAGUGGUCUUGGCCAAAAGUUUAAUGCUAACUGGUCAUAGUUUCAGAUCCCUCAGAAUGUGAGUAUGAGGGACUCUUCCCUCAUACUCCUCUUCCUUCAUUGUCUCUUUAAGUAAGUGAUUUUGUUUCUUUACAGUCAUAAUUAUCUUUCAGUAAUCAUUAACCUGCUGGGUUUUGUCACUUUUUUCUUCCCCUCAUUUUGCGACCGUUCAUUAGAGCCUUUAGUGAUAACUGCAAUAUUGUCCUUUCAGUUAAAAUAUAACAGUUCCUGUUAUCUCGAUGACCAUUCCAUGUUAAAUUAGCAUAAACUGUUUGGAAAAAUCAAUAUUAUAUUAAUCUGAUUUUACACUUCGAUUUUUUGUGUGGAUAAUUAGAUAUACAAACCUUACAUUACCUUGGAUGAGUGGUAUAUUUAUGUGUGUAAAGUAUGUGCCUAUGUUAUACUGAGAAGGUUGUUUUUAAUUGUUUAUACACACGAUAAAUAAGGCUUGUAGAUAGUAACCAUUAGCGUGAACGCAAAAGUGUUUGAUGCACUUGUGAACAGUAACAAUCCGUUGAGUUGAGCCUCCAGAGAGGUGAGGUAAGGGUGCCAGACCGCAAGAGUUCACCCUAACAGCGUUGUCGGGUGAUGGGCGGAUGAGACAUGUAUAUAUAUUACUAUAGUCUGUAAACUUCUUCUUCUUGCCUCUAGAUCUGCCACCGUCUUGGUCCAUCAAACUCAUUUUCUUUGUUAUUUUUAUGAUUGAAUUUUGUUUAUUCCAUCGAGAACAUGUAGAAGACGUUCAUCAAUAAAGUAGAUGUUUUUA